GCGUUUCUUGAAAUUCUUCGGACCAUAUUUAUUAUCGAUUUUCAAUUUAAAAAUGAUUGGAAGGACCACUUCGAAAAAACUUCCGUUGCUCCUGACUUUUGCGAUUUUGACGCUGUGGAUUGUUUUCGAGUUUACAGAAUUCGAGUUUCUGUACACAAAGUCGCAGUUUCAAGUGGAAGAUUUUAAUUCCAGUUUGCCGAGCACAGCUGAAAACUGCAAAUGCGACACAGUCAACGAAGAUUUUUGCUACGUCAAUCCGCAGAAUUCAAGCUCAAUUGGGAUGAAGUUUGACUGUAGUCUCGUCGGCACUUUGGAGUUUCUGAACUUGCUGGACGAACCGGAAAGUUUCCUGAACACUACCGAAACAUCGAGAUCGGUGGAAUCAUUAGUAUUCGUGUCGGCCACAUCAGAUAGUCAUUUGAAAUACACUCUGGAAUCAUACGCAUCAAUUCGAAGAUAUUAUCCUACCAACAAGUUUAUUAUCUAUAGACUAAACGUGAAUGUGACACCGUUGAGCCAUUUUCCGGACAACGAGAAUUUGGAAUUCCGACAUUUCGAAGCGUCAAGAUAUCCUGAUUUUGUGAGAAAUGCAUUGACAUACAGCUUCAAGCCUUUGAUAAUUUCGGAAGUGUUGAAAGAGUACCCGAUGGUCUGGUGGAACGAUGCUCACUUUUCGAUGGUAGAGCCUACCGUGGUUGAGACCGUGCUCAACGAAGUUGGAUCAGGGAAGGUACCAUCUUCGGUUGUGCCAGUUGUUGGCACAGACCAUAGCAAUUUUGCUGUGUUGCAUCCAGAAUUACUAAAGUUUUUCCCCUCACACUCGAUCCAAUUGCAACUGGAGCAGAGGCAAAUGGCGGCCAGCGUGAUAUUUGUGCAAAGAACAAAUUAUUCUGUAAAGCUUUUGAAAUGGUGGGUACUGUGUGCGCUUACCGAGAACUGUAUGAGCCCACCGGAUGCUCGACUGUCAUGCAAGUUCCACUGGAACAAGUUCAAACGGCAUGCCAGUUGCUUUAGAUUCGAUCAGUCAAUUCUAAAUCAACUGCUCUUGAAUGAUUUCCAGGAUUAUCGGAAAUAUUUUAUAAAGGAAGCUCACGAUGCAUACGAGACGUCUUAUUAAUGAAAAUUCUAUAUUUAAAUCUUGUCAAAGUGAUCUCAUAAUUUUUUGAAUUACAUAAGUAUAAAUUCUAAAGCUU